AGGGUAGGGGGGAGUGGGGAUGGCUAAUGGGUACAAAAAUAAAAUAUCAUAAUAAAUAAGACCUACUAUUUGAUAGCAAAACAGGGUGACUAUAAUCAAUAAUAACUUGUGUAUUUUAUUUUUUUGAGACAGAGUUUUACUCCAUCACCCAGGCUGGAGUGAGUGCAUUGGUGCCAUCUUGGCUCACUGGAACCUCCACCUCCCGGUUCAAGUGAUUCUCCUUCAGCCUCCAGACGGAGUUGCUGGAAUUACAGGCGCCCGCCACCACGCCCGGCUAAUUUUGUUUUGUUUGUUUGUUUUGUUUUGGGACGGAGUUUCGCUCUGUCGCCAGACUGGAGUGCAGUGGUGCGAUCUCGGCUCACUGCAACCUCCAGCUCCCUGGUUCAAGCGAUUCUCCUGCCUCAGCCUCCCUGAGUAGAUGGGAUUACAGGUGUGCGUCACCAUGCUAAACUAAAUUUUAUAUUUUUUUAGUAGACACGCGGUUUCACCAUGUUGGCCAGGCUGGUCUCGAACUCCUGACCUCGUGAUCCGCCCGCCUCCGCCUCCCAAAAGUGCUGAGAUUACAGGCGUGAGCCACCGCGCCAGGCCUAAAAAUUUUUUUUAAUUAAAAAAUAUAUAUCCUUCUAGCUCAGAAAAAAAAGUUAGCUGAUCCCUCCUUUAUACUCUCUUCCUAAGUUCCGUUCAUUCUGGUGGCUUUAAUUACCAUUUAUAAGCCAACGAUUCCCAAAAUAACAUCUUCAGUGCAGAUCCCUUAUAAGGAUGACCAGUCAUUAAUAUUCAGCUUCCUAUCUGUUAGUCCCACUCAACAUGACUUAGCAAGAUCUCAAAAUGAACGUGUCCAGAACAGCUCCUACCUUAGCCUACCCCAUCUCAGUAAAUGGCCCCAAUAUUUAUCCGAUUGAUCAAGUGACAAUCUUAGGAAUCCUUGACACCGCCCUCUCCCUCAAUCCCCAUGUCCAAUCUACCACCAAACCCUUCAAAACAAAACCCAAGUCCACACUGGUUUCCAAUUCCAUUGCCUUCCACUCUUUUUCAACGCAGCCGCACCCACAUCUCAUCCUAAACGACCGCAGCAGCCUCUGAAACUAGUCUCAACACGCCCAGAUCUGCCGACGCCGCAGACCCCCUUCCCCCAGCCCAAGGUCGGAGGCGAGUCGCCGGGGGUCGGCGGGGGUCGGCAGAGGUCGGCAGAGGUCGGCAGCCUGCGAGACCCUCCCAGGCUGGUGGCCCUAGGCGCGGCAGCUGACACGUAAGUCUCGUCGCCCGACGUUGUUUCGGCGCUCAGAAACAACGUAAAGUAAAGGGGCGGGGCAGCGUUUUACAAACCGAACCGUGAAUCUUUGCGGUUUCUCUUUCCAGCCAGCGCCGAGCGAUGGGCAUCUCUCGGGACAACUGGCACAAGCGCCGCAAAACCGGGGGCAAGAGAAAGCCCUACCACAAGAAGCGGAAGUAUGAGUUGGGGCGCCCAGCUGCCAACACCAAGAUUGGCCCCCGCCGCAUCCACACAGUCCGUGUGCGGGGAGGUAACAAGAAAUACCGUGCCCUGAGGUUGGACGUGGGGAAUUUCUCCUGGGGCUCAGAGUGUUGUACUCGUAAAACAAGGAUCAUCGAUGUUGUCUACAAUGCAUCUAAUAACGAGCUGGUUCGUACCAAGACCCUGGUGAAGAAUUGCAUCGUGCUCAUCGACAGCACACCGUACCGACAGUGGUACGAGUCCCACUAUGCGCUGCCCCUGGGCCGCAAGAAGGGAGCCAAGCUGACUCCUGAGGAAGAAGAGAUUUUAAACAAAAAACGAUCUAAAAAAAUUCAGAAGAAAUAUGAUGAAAGGAAAAAGAAUGCCAAAAUCAGCAGUCUCCUGGAGGAGCAGUUCCAGCAGGGCAAGCUUCUUGCGUGCAUCGCUUCAAGGCCAGGACAGUGUGGCCGAGCAGAUGGCUAUGUGCUAGAGGGCAAAGAGUUGGAGUUCUAUCUUAGGAAAAUCAAGGCCCGCAAAGGCAAAUAAAUCCUUGUUUUGUCUUCACCCAUGUAAUAAAGGUGUUUAUUGUUUUGUUCCCA